AAUAGCGUACAGGAAGUAAACAUAAAAAUGGGUCUCGGCAGCAGAGUUUAGAAUAGACAAUAAUCGUCUCUAAUAGUAAAAAUGGACCGCUUUUCGUGGUCAAAUGGUCUCUUGGAAAUAAACGAAACUUUAGUGAUCCAGCAACGAGGUGUCAGACUGUAUGACGGUGAUGAUAAGGCUAAGCUCGACGUUGGGGUUGCCUUGUUGAGCACCCAUCGGUUGAUCUGGAGGGACGUUAAAAACCACGAAUGCUGCAUAGCCAUGCCCCUGUCACAGAUCCUCUUGUUUGAGGAGCAGGCUGCAGGAAUAGGAAAGAGUGCAAAAAUAGUUAUCCACCUGCAAGCAACACCUGCCAACAAGGAGCCAGGGCCCUACCAACAUAGCAAGUACUCCUUCAUCAAGCUGUCCUUCAAAGAACACGGGCAGAUUGAGUUUUACAGGAGACUAACAGAAGAAAUGACUCGGAAGAGAUGGGAGAAUACACCAGCUUCACAGCCCAUCCCCAUAGGAACGGGCUCUCAGGCAGGAAGAACACGUGCCGUGGGGAUUGUUGGCAUUGAGAGGAAGAUAGAGGAGAAGAGGAAAGAAACGGACAAAAAUAUUUCUGAGGCCUUCGAGGAUCUCAGUAAGCUGAUGGUAAAGGCCAAGGAGAUGGUGGAGCUGUCCAGAUCUAUAGCCAACAAGAUCAAAGACAAGCAGGGAAACAUUACAGAAGAUGAGACAAUUCGGUUUAAGUCCUACCUGCUGAGCAUGGGUAUAGCUGACCCCGUUACCAGGGAAACGCAUGGAUCAGGUACACAUUACCAUAUGCAGCUAGCUAAGCAGCUGGACGAUAUGCUACAGGCUCCUCUUGAGGAGCGUGGGGGUAUGAUGGCUCUUACAGAGGUGUACUGUCUCGUCAACCGCGCUCGAGGGAUGGAGCUUUUAUCUCCAGAAGAUUUGGUAAACGCCUGCAAGAUGUUUGAGUCGUUGAAGCUCCCGUUGAGGCUGCGUGUGUUUGACAGUGGUGUGAUGGUGGUCCAGCUGCAGUCUCACAGCGAAGAGGAAAUGAUAGCCUCAGCACUGGACAAUGUGUCAGACAAAGGCUCUUUGACAGCAGAGGAGUUUGCAAAGCUCUUGGGUCUCUCUGUUCUUCUCUCGAAAGAAAGGUUGUUGCUGGCUGAGAAGAUGGGCCACCUGUGUCGAGAUGACUCUGUUGAGGGUUUGAGAUUCUACCCAAACCUCUUUUGACCUGUUCAUAGUCAUUAUUGCUGAAAAGGAUCUGCUGAGAGACUAAUGCAUCGCCACUACAUGAGCGUGCCAGUGCACAGCCGAGUGUCCGCUCUACUGUGAGCGGGAUAAUGUACCUUUUCAGUCUGGUCAUGACUUUUUAACAGUUGGUGUUCUAUUAGUUGGAGUCUACUUCGAAAGUUUAUCAAAGAGAUACUUUUCCAGGAAUUGCUUAAAUAAUGUACAUGCAACAAAGUGUUCCCAGAUUUGCUCUUCUUGAUGGAGUCAUCAUCAUGUGCAUUUAGUAAUAAAUAGGUUCUGGGAAAAUUGAUCUAA